AUGCCGCCAUUGGAACCGACAGCCGAGAAAAAGACCGGGUUACGGAGAAGUCAUGUGAAGUCACGAAAUGGAUGUGGGCAGUGUAAAGCUAGAAGGAAGAAGUGCGAUGAAAGACCUCCUACUUGUAGCAACUGUAAGAGAAGGAAUUUAAAAUGCGACUAUGAGGAUCUCUUCAACACAGAAUCACCGUCUUCCUCCCCCUGGGAAACCGCCGAAGGCAAUGCCGAAGAAUUGAAUAUAGUAUUCGAGUUCAGCCAAUCCGUAACCAGUUCGGCAGGCUCGGAGCAUGUCCCGAAGCCGACUAGUAAUGUCGUCCAAGUGCGAGGGAAUGCGGAGGAGGAGGAGGAGGAGGUUGAUCCCAAUGCUUGGCUUACUCCUUUCCCCCAAUGGAUCCGACAUCCGAGUAACCCGGUUUACUUAGACCACCCCGGUCAGUCUAAUGAGCUUAUGUUUCAUUUCUUGACAAAUGCAUCGCACACACUCGCUCCUGACAAUGCUGGCGUAUUCCAAUAUUGGCAGCAGAUUGCAUAUUCAAUUGCGCAAGAGCAUGACUUUGUGAGGCAUACUUUACUCGCCUAUUCCUCGCUUCAUAUUGCACAUCUGCAACCGCAGGAAUCCCAGAAAUACGUGGUUCUCACCAGCCACCACCAUGCGAUCGCCAUUAACGGAUUCAAGGAGCAAGUAACGGCGAUCAACGGUGGCAACUGCGAUGCAAUAUUUAUCUUUUCCGCCCUGCUGGUUCUCACCGAGCUGGGCUUGAUGCGUCCGGUCUGGGAUGACGGAAGCAAUGCCGAUAUCGACCCAGUCGAUAAGCUAAUCCAACAACUGAACGUUGUCCGGAACAUCCUGACCCUGUGGCGCGACGCGCAAUUAGUCCGCACCGAGCCCAUGAUUAGAGAGCUCAUUGGCCACGGCAGACACCCAUAUGCAGAGGCUAUCGUGGCAGAAGCAAAAGCCAACUUGGCGUACCUCGAACGUAUCAACCAGAAGAUGGUAACAGACCCUGACGACCAGAUAAUGUUCUCCAAGUCCGUCCGGGAACUCGGCGUCUGCUACUACUUUGCGAUCUUGCGGCCGUUGAACUGGUUUCCGAUAUUACGAUGGGCCAAAGCAAUUUCCCCGGCUUUUAUUUUGCGUUUGAAGACGAGACAUCCUCUAGCGCUGCUCAUACUGGCUCAAUAUUGUGUGUUGGUUCACAGGAUUAGUCGUAAUCACUGGUGGAUGAGGGGAUGGAGUGAGCAGAUUUUCCAUCACGUGGUUUCUCUCCUCGAUGGGCAAUGGAUGCCAUUCUUGAGAUCGGCUACUGCUGCGAUGAAUGAGACUUAA